AUGGGAGACGGUUGGAUUUAUUUUCUUCUCAUAAUGGCGCAGUCAAUUCGAAUCAAUAUGAGGGACAAGGAAAAGAACGUGGCAUUGUCUGGAAAUAUCAUCACCGAAAGCUCUAUCAGACACGCUUUUCUUCUUCCGUCAGAUGCAAUUGUGGCGUUGUCGUUUGAGUCCAAUGGCAUGCAGAUUAAUUGCGGAAUGAAUGAAACUGGCACAACAUUUUUGCUUCCGGAUGGCUGGUCGACUAUGCAGUUUUUCGCACAAUCGGACAGGGUUCCGUCUCGACCAACGACGUCAAUGGACAUUCAAGAACGCCCACUGAGUCCGUUUGAAGUGGAGAAAGCGAACAGGAUCACAUCAAUCAAGGACUCUUGGGAUAGCCGAGUGUUGCGCAUUGCUGGCAACAAGUUGACAGGAACAUGUGUUUUAAUCAAUGAGCGUCAUGCUUUAACCGCUGCGCAUCUAUCCUUCAAGCUUGAUCAAUCGUACAAAAUUAAAGGAGAUGGAAAUCAAGAGUUUUCUGUCACUUGCGUUUUCAUUUGCAAACAUCUCGAUUUCGCCAUCCUGCAGUCAAAUGAUUUUCCGAUCCUGGAGUUGUCAAUGGGCAGUCUGGGACGAGGCGCUAAAUACUUCAUGAUGGGCUAUCCGAACGGCGUCGAUUCUUCUAAUCCGACUAUCACAAAAGGAACCAUCGAAGGAUAUAUGGACGAUUGUGUUCAUCUAGUCGGAACUGCUGGUUCGAAACGAGGCUACUCGGGCGCUCCAGUCUUCAAUGACUCCGGAAGACUAGCAGGACUAUUGCUCGGCGGCACAUCUCGAUUAAGUGUCAAUCCGACCAUUCAAGAAUGUCUGGAUUCGUCUGGGGAACAGAAAUACGCGCGCAUCUUAGGAAUUGGGUACAUCGUUACCCGUUAUAGUCAAGGAAACUCGGACGGCGAAUCC